CCAGAAAAACAAGAGAAGAUCAAAGAUUAACCAAAUAUGGCAAGCAAUGACUUUUUCCUUCUCAGUGUCAUUGCUCUUGUCUUUGUGAUUAGCAAAUCCAACGUUAAUUGCACACAAAGUGUUGAAGUUAAUCCCAUUCUUGACUUUGCUACAUUGAAUCGCCACAGUUUCCCUCCAGGCUUUAUCUUUGGUGCCGGAUCCUCAUCGUACCAGUUCGAAGGUGCGGCAACGGAAGGUGGUAGAGGACCAAGUAUAUGGGAUACCUUCACCCAUGAACAUCCAGAAAACAUAGAAGACGGAAGCAAUGGAGACGUGGCCAUUGAUACAUAUCACCGUUACAAGGAAGAUGUUGGGAUUAUGAAGGAUAUGAACUUGGAUUCGUACAGAUUCUCCAUUUCUUGGUCAAGAAUAUUACCAAAAGGAAAACUAAGUGGAGGUAUAAAUCAAGAUGCAAUCAACUAUUACAACAACCUUAUCAACGAGCUAGUAGCAAAUGAUAUACAACCAUUAGUAACCCUUUUUCAUUGGGAUCUUCCACAAUCCUUAGAAGAUGAAUAUGGUGGUUUCUUAAGUCCUCGAAUAAUAAAAGAUUUUCAAGACUAUGCAGAACUUUGCUUCAAAGAGUUCGGUGAUAGGGUUAAGUAUUGGGUUACUUUAAAUGAACCAUGGAGUUAUAGCAAGAAUGGCUAUGCAACCGGACAAAUGGCACCUGGACGAUGUUCUGCUUGGUUAAAUUCAAAUUGUACUGGUGGUGAUUCUGGGACAGAACCAUACAUAGUUACUCACCACCAACUUCUUGCUCAUGCAGCAGCUGUUCAUGUGUACAAGACUAAGUAUCAAGUAUCACAAAAGGGUUUGAUAGGCAUAACUUUGGUAGCUAAUUGGUUUUUGCCACACUCAGAUACCAAAUAUGAUCAAAAGGCUGCUGAAAGAGCAAUUGAUUUCAUGUAUGGAUGGUUUAUGGAUCCGUUGACAUUAGGAGAGUACCCCAAAAGCAUGCGAUCUUUCGUGAGAACACGAUUACCAAAAUUCACUACAGAGCAAUCUAGACUACUCAAGGGUUCAUUUGAUUUUAUUGGCCUAAAUUAUUACUCCACAACUUACGCUUCUGAUGCACCUCAUUUAAGUAAUGCUAGACCUAGUUACUUGACUGAUUCUUUGGUCAAUCCUGCAUUUGAGCGUGAUGGAAAACCCAUUGGUAUAAAUAUUGCUUCUGAUUGGAUAUAUGUUUAUCCAAAAGGAAUUCGUGACCUUUUGCUAUAUACCAAGGAAAAGUACAAUAACCCUUUGAUUUACAUCACUGAAAAUGGUAUAAAUGAAUUCAAUGACCCCACAUUAUCAGUGGAAGAAUCUCUAAUGGAUACAUUUCGAAUUGAUUAUCAUUACCGUCAUCUCUUUUAUCUUCGAUCUGCAAUUAGGCAAGGAGUGAAUGUGAAGGGAUAUUAUGUAUGGUCAUUGUUCGAUAAUUUUGAAUGGUCUUCCGGUUAUACAAAACGAUUUGGAAUGACCUUUGUAGAUUAUAAAAAUGAGUUGAAAAGAUAUAAGAAAUUGUCUGCAUUAUGGUUCAAAGGUUUUCUCAUAAAAGAUACUAGACUUUAUGGUUAUAGUAAAUAGUAUUAUUAUGAGAUUAUUUUUUUUUUAAGAUUUUUUUUUCAUAAUUUAUUAUUUUGUUCUAAAGAAGUACCAUUAGAUUCGAAAGUAAAUGGAAAAUCGACAUGUAUAUUUUUAUUGUUCCAAUAUGAAAGAAGGAAAAUUAUAAUUAUUAUGAUAAAUAUAUUGAUUAUAAUUUGUUCAUUUAUAGUU